AUGAGAUCUCAUAUACGAAUAUAUUAUUCUCUUUUUUUUAUUUUUCUUGUAUUAUUUCCAUCUAAUGUAUUAGGUAAACGUUCCUCUGGAGGUUCAUUUUCACGUGGAAACUCUCCACAAAGUAACAGCAGACCAUCAAGUCAUUCUACAAAUCAAAAUGGUAAUAGUGGUUGGAAUACAAAUAGUGGUUUUCAACCAGUUGGAAAUCCUAGAGGAAUGAAUAAUCAAAAUAACAACUUCCAUCAACCUAACAAUUUUAAUAACCAUCAAGGUGGUGGUUUUAAUCAACCAAAUCAAGGAUUCCGUAAUAAUAAUUUUAAUUCACAUCCUAAUGUACCACCACAAAAAAGUACUGGUCAAUGGAAAACAGCUCUUGCUGCUGGUGCUGCUGGAGCAAUUGGAGGGAUGUUACUUUUCGAAGGAGCAAAAGCAAUAAUUAAAAAUGCUGCUGAACCUUUUCAUGUUCAAGGAAAAGAUUAUUAUUGGGGAAAUGAGAAUUACAAACAACAAAAUGGAAUGUUUAUGUGUAGUAUUCCAUUAGAACAAUUACAAAAUCAAAAAACAAAAAGAGAUGUUGAAACAACAACAACUCCUCAAACUACAACUUUGUCAACAACAACCAUUGCUCCUGUUAGUGGAAGUACACCAUCACCAACUAAUGUUUUACAAAAUAUUCAAUUUGCCAAUGGUGAUAGACCAAAAAAUGUUGUUUGGAGUUGUAAACAAGGUGUUGAAGUUUGCUGUGGUAUGAACUGUUGUCCAAAUCCACAAAUGAAUUCUCAAGGUGGUAAUAAUAGUAGUUCACACGGCUCUUCCGGACCAUCAAUAUUUUCAAUCAUUUUAUUUAUUCUUUUUACUUUAUUAUUACUUGGAUGUUGUACAUGCGCAUUAAUUUACUGUUUUUGUAAAAGUUUAUUAGAUAAAUGUAUUGGCCAAGAUGAAAAUAAUGACCAAUACAAUAAUCAAAAAUAUGACAACAAUUAUUCACAACCACAACCUUCUUAUCCGAUGCAAAAUUAUCCACAAGAAACUCAACAACAGUAUCCUUCUUAUCCACAUGGUAAUCAACAACAUUAUCCAGCUUACCCAUCAAAUCAAGGUGGAUAUCCAUCAAAUAAUCAACCAUUAUACCCUACAUAUAAUUAA